AUGAGAAAAAAUACUAUCUCCCUUAAUUUAUCGUCUAUUUUAAGGAGAAAUUUAGAAAUGGAGAAAACUGAAGAGUCAAGUAGCCCCGGUUGGGGUGCGUCACUCGUGCAAACAACUGAAGAUGUAGCCAGGGCUGUUGCUGCAGCUGCCGCUGCUGCUCAUUCAUCACGACCUUCUGUGGUGUAUUCAUCAAAAGAUGAAAGUGGUAGCCCGCUUCAAAGACUUCAACACCAUGUUUCUAGAUUAUUGAAGGGCCUGUCAAGUCCUCCAGAAGUGAAAAGUGGACCUUACAACCCAGAAAUACUAACUAGUCAAAAACGUCAGUGGGCCAACUUUCAGUUGCAGUCCCUGGAUCACAGAGUUUGGAAAGAGCCAUCAAAGCUUUUCGAGAGCAUGGUAGUUGUGGGACUUCCUCCAACUUCUGAUAUUCAGGCUCUUCAAAAUUUGUACUUUGCUAGAAAGUUUGAAAGUUCAGGGAGAUUUCGAAGUGCACUGGGCAGUCAGCAUCAGUCUCGUGUAGAACCUAACCUUGAGCCUCAGGUCUUGUUUGUUUACCCUCCGGAUAAACAGCUGCCACUCAAAUACAAGGAUCUCCUCUCAUUCUGCUUUCCUGCAGGAAUAGAGGUUAAUGCUGUUGAAAGAACUCCAUCAAUGAGUGAGUUGAAUGAAAUACUUUUGGGACAGGAGCAUCUCAAACAGAGUGAUCCGUCAUUUGUCUUCAGGCUGCAGGUAGCGGACGAUUCAACUCUAUAUGGCUGCUGUGUUUUAGUUGAAGAAAUAAUCCAAAAUCCUUCAGGAUUGAUUUGCAUGAUUUUGGAUAGACAACCUUGCCGACCAAGUCUGAGCCGCCAUAUUUUAACCACGCGUCGUUGUUAUUGCAUUCUUUCCAGGCUUCCAUUUUUUGAAUUGCAUUUCAGCGUAUUGUAUAGCAUAUUCACUGAAGAGAGGCUGGAACGGUUGACAAAACAGAUUGCAUAUCUAGAUUUGGAGACACCAGUUGACAACGACGUGGUUGAGACCCUAGAAGACAAAUCAGGUGGUAUAUUACUAAGAGAUGGAGCAGUUAACAUGUUGAAUGGAACGGUUGAAGCAUUCCAAUCAAACACGAAUUAUUCCAUCUCAGGAAGAGUGAUGGAUAAUAUGUCUCAAAUUGAGGGGGUCAUUGACUCGAAAAAUGAACUUAAUGGCACUACUGGUGCAGUUGAUCCUGAAACAGAGAAGCUUGCUUCUAGGAGAAAAUUGGUUGUUGAUACUUCUGUUGACGACCAUUUUAUUGAAAAACAAUCAGCUGAAAAGUGUUUACCGAAUGUUGUUUUACCAAUACUACAGUAUCGGCAUUGUGAAAGUUUGCAAGGCUCUCAAAGUGAAGACAGACAUUUCAAAAGUGAUGGUGAUGAGGCACCUACGGAAGAGACAUCAUUUUCUGGCCAAGAUAUCUCCAUCGAACACAUUGAUAUACUUGAGUGGGCAAAGGCUAACAAUCAUGGUUCCUUGCAAAUUAUUUGUGAAUACUACCAACUACACCGUCCAGCACGAGGUUCAACGGUCAAGUUCCACCCUUUAGAUCACCUGCAUCCUAUGGAAUAUCAUAGACCUGAUGAAACUGUUUUAUGCAUUGCCGGAUCAACAAUUGAUUUGAGAACGUGCAAUACGAGUUUGGAAUUAGCAGAGGCCCACAGUGCACUCAUGGCGGAGGAGGAGGCAGCUGCUUUAUCAGUAUGGGCUGCUGCAUGCUUAUGUGGUUCCUUGCGACUGGAGCAUGUAUUAACAUUAUUUGCUGGAGCUCUACUGGAGAAACAGAUUGUUGUUGUUUGUUCGAAUUUGGGUAUUUUGUCCGCUUCAGUUCUUUCGAUUAUUCCCUUGAUUCGUCCUUAUCAGUGGCAGAGCUUGUUAAUGCCAGUUUUGCCAAACGACAUGCUGGACUUUCUGGAUGCACCAGUUCCUUACAUCGUAGGCAUAAAAAGCAAGACAGUUGAACUACAGUCUAAACUAACGAAUGUCAUUCUUGUGGAUGCGAACAAGAACCAGGUGAAAUCACCAGCUAUACCACAGUUGCCUCAACAUAGAGAACUGUAUUCAUCCCUUAGUCCUUACCAUUCGAAGCUAGUAGGAGAAAGUUAUUUGGGGAAGAAAAGGCCACUUCAUGAAUGUACUGACGUGCAGGUUGAAGCUGCCAAAGGUUUCCUUGGAGUAUUGAGGUCUUACUUGGAUUCUCUGUGUUCCAACCUUCGUGCUCAUACAAUUACUAAUGUGCAAUCAAAUAAUGACAAGGUAUCAUUGCUAUUGAAGGAAAGUUUCAUUGAGUCAUUCCCUAGUCGAGAUCAACCUUUUAUGAAGCUAUUUGUCGACACACAGCUGUUCUCUGUCCACACGGAUUUUGUUCUCUCUUUCUUCCAGAAAGAGUAG